AUGGGGUCGUGCAACCGUCUUGCUGACAGUAAACCAUCCCAGCCCGCCCGGUAUGGAGGAGGAGGUGCCCUAGGAGGAGGCAGCUUCGGAGGUUACGGAGGUCUCAGUAGCUAUGCCAGUGGAUACGGAGGAGGUGCCGGCAUCGGUGCAUAUGGAGGUGGAGGCGGCUACGGUGCUGGAUACGGAGGAGCUGGUCUCGGCAUUGGCGGUGUUGCAGCUGGUGGAGCAGGAGGUGGGGCUGGUGGCGUCGGAGGUGCAUCUGGAGUCAGCGUCGGGACUGCACUGGUGGUCCGGCAGACGGUGCCGUAUCCCGUUCCCUACGCAGUCACACGUGACGUCCACGUGCCCGUAUUUGUGCCGCGGCCUGUGCCCAUCCUAGUGGGCGGAGGAGGAGCUGGUGGCGCAGCUGGUCUAGGAGGAGGCGCUGGGCUCGGUCUAGGAGGCGGCAUCGGAGGUUACGGGGGCGGCGUCGGAGGUUACGGAGGCGGCUACGGUCUCACAGGCGGCUUUGGCGCGGACAGCUAUGGCAUCGGUGGUGGUGGUGGUUUUGGAGGUGCCUAUGGCGUCGGUGGUGGCUACGGAGGCGGCUUUGGUGGCGGUGCUCAUCACAUCAAAGGAUAA